AUGCAGGUGUUUGAAGCUGGGAGGAAGACCUGGAGAACAAGAGAUGAAAAUCAGGAGGAAGCCAAGAGGGAAUUCGUUAAAAUCCUGAACAGAUUGGAAGAUGAGCUUGGAGAAAAGCCAUUCUUCGGAGGUGAAACCUUGGGGUUCAUGGAUAUUUGUUUGGUUCCUCACUACUGUUAUUUUCACACAUAUGAGAUUUUGUCCGGCUUGAGCAUUGAAAAAGAGCGCCCCAAAUACAUGGCGUGGGUUAAGAGAUGUCUGCAGAAAGAGAGUAUUUCGAAGACACUUUCUGAUCGGAAGAAUGCGCUUGGAUUACACACAAAGACGAGGAGGAGGCGAAGGAGGGAGUUUUUAUAUUUUAGGGUUUCUAAUUUUUAA